CAGCCCUGGGCUCUGUAAGCGCAGCUACAGAUAGUGAGGGGUGGGACCAGUUCCCUCCACCAUCUCUUGACGCUCAGUUCCCGGCUGACCUUCAGCCAUGAAGAUCCUUUACUUGCUCUUUGCUGUUGUCUUCUUGGUGCUCAUGGAUGCCCCAGGUUUCUCCCAUGCUCUGUUGACCCGAAGAGCGUGUAGAAACAAAGGGGGUGACUGUCACUUUCGGCGAUGUCCCAGCCAUACUAUAUACCUUGACAAAUGCUAUUUUGGCCAUUGCUGUCGAAGUGGGAAAGUUGUUGCUGGUGAUAACCCACAGGCUCGGAGGCCCUCUGAGGAAGUUUUCUGA